AGGAAACCCCAGUGGUGUGUGAGGCUGGGGGGUUGCAGGGGGACCACAGGGAUUUUGUUUCAGCUGAGGAAAUGCCAUUGCUGCCACUUUCCAGAGUAAUACCAGGGUGCUCCGCUGCCUGCUCCUUCUGCCGGCCAUCUCCACCUGCAGCACUCAGCCCCUUCCUGCACAGAGCAGGCAGCACCCAACCCUCAUGCCCUCUGCCAAAGCCAAGGGAGGCUUUUGCCCCUUUCUGCUAAGGGGAAGGUGCUGAGCAAGCUGCAAGAUGCUGGGCUGGAUGCUGCAGGCAUCCGGGAUGCAGGAGCUGGGUGCUGCAGGGAGAGCUGCUCACUCCCCCUGCAAACACAGAGCAAAGACCUUGCAGCAAAGCCAUGGGUGGAGCUGCAGGCUGAGCAUCCCUGCGGUGCUCCUUUUCUGCACCCCUGUUGCAUCGAGGUGAGCCCUUGCUCCCCACCACCCCCUUUCCCCAACCGGCACAGGGCUGCAGUGGUGUCCUUGCUGUGACAGCAGCACAAGGAAAGCUGGGACACUGGGAUGCAUGGUGCUGACACCUAACCCUUGGCAUCUUGCGGGCUCAAACAUUGACCCCAGGUGGGCUGUGACAUGCCCCACGGCUGGCACGGGGCAGGGCUGUCCCACAGGGAACCACAGGCACCUUAUUGUCAGGAGCCCCUCAUGCUGCUCCCCCCUGCCCUGUUGUUCCCCCCCCCAGGGCAAUGUUCCCUGGGGAAGGCGUUGGUGGCUGGAGACCUUGCUCAUGUGAGACCGCGUGGGUGACAAAUGUGGCUUUGUUCAGCCUGUGCUGUGCUGCAGGACGAUGGCUCCGCUCUCCUCCCGGUGCCACGCUAUGCUCAGUGCCCUGGAGGUGCCCAGGGGGUGCACUGGGAAUGUGGGGCUUAGAGCAUGCCCCUGUGCUUUGGGUGCUCUGCAUCCUUCCUUGCUUUAUCCCCUCCCUGCUGAUGUCCUCUUCUGAUGGAGGUCUCACUGCCUGAGUACAGCCCCAGGGCUCAGCUGGUGUAAGCACCCCACAAAUAUGGAUGGGGUCCCUGGUGCAGGGACCAUGGAAAGAGAGAGGGAGGGAAGGGCUUCCCCCUUCCACCUGCCCCAACAGCACUGAAACAAUGGGAACCCCUCACUAAUGUCCCUGAGCCCAUUAGCAUUGUGUGCUCGUGUGUACGGUUUGGAAGGCAUUAUGGGAAAAAUAUUUCUGCAUAGAUUUCCCAUUGUACUGCCAGAGCGGUGGUCAGCAGAGGGCAGGGGCGGUGGGCAGAGGGAGGGUCAGGGUGUUCCCAAAGGGAUUUAAGCACAAGGGGUGAGCACAGACGCUGCUGGGGCUGUCUGAGGCUCACUUUGGAGAGGUUUGCCUAAAGGAUUGCCAGGGUGAGUAGUUGGUCUUACCAGGAAGAUCUUUUAGAUACUGAUAACCUUCUGAUUAAAACAAAAUGAUCGGGGAAAAAAGGUCUGAGUGGGACUGGUGGUGUGCAGCAAGGAAACGCAGCUCGGGAUGGGGUGGGAAGGCAGCUAUGUGCUGCUGGGUGUCCAGCUGAGCUCCUGGCCCCAUAAAGUGCAGACCAUGGGACCAAAGUCCAUGCUGCACAGUGCAGCACCGCGGGGAUGUGAAGGCACGCAGUGCCCCUCGCUCUGCUCCUGGGAGCUCCCAAGGGAAGGCACACAGAUCCCAGCACCUCGUCUCCCAAGGCACUGAUGUCCACCACUGCGGGGUUGCUGCAGGGCUGACAUCCUUUCUGGUGGUGUUAGCAAGCCACAGCACCACUGUGCAGGCUCACGGUCCUCUGCCUGAGCUGUGUUAUGGUGUGGUUAUGGUGCGGUGGAAGCAUCCCUGUGGCAGACAGUGGUCCUCCCUGGUGCCCUCUGAGGCCAUACCCCAAUGCAGCAUCCUCACGGUGCUGCUUUGCUGUCCUGCAGAUGCCGCGCUGGGGCCGCCUGCUCUCCACCUGGACGCUGCUCUCCCGCAGGAAGAGAACCCCAGAUGGCUCGGUGCCCUCCAGCCUCCGCCGCUGCCUCUCCCCCUCCGACCUGGUUGCUCUGGGAGUGGGCAGCACGCUGGGGGCCGGUGUCUAUGUGCUGGUGGGGGACGUGGCCAAGACCACCUCCGGCCCCAGUAUCGUCGUUUCUUUCCUGAUUGCAGCCAUCGUGUCCGUCCUGGCUGGGCUGUGCUAUGCCGAAUUUGGAGCGCGCGUGCCCAUGGCCGGCUCUGCUUAUCUCUACUGCUAUGUGACAGUGGGCGAGCUGUGGGCAUUCGUUGCUGGGUGGAAUCUGCUGCUGUCCUAUGUCAUUGGUACCGCCAGCGUCGCUCGAGCCUGGAGUGCUACUUUUGAUGAGCUCCUUGGCAAGAGGAUGGGGAGGUUUUUGGAUGCCCAUGCCCCCAUCAACUCUGCGGGGCUGGCGGAGCACCCCGAUGUCCUUGCUGCAUGCCUGGUGGUGCUGCUGGCAGGUAGUGUUCUCACCCCACACUGCCCCACUGUGCAGGGGGAUCCCACUGCUGUCCCUCAUUUCCACCAUCCCCAGAGAUGUCCACCAUGGUGUCACCCCAAGAGCACAGCCAGCUUUAUGCUCUUCUCCCCAGGGCUUCUUUCCUUUGGAGUGAAGGAGUCCACCACAGUCAACAAAGCCUUCACUGCCCUCAACGUGCUCAUCCUGCUCUUCAUCAUGGCCAGUGGCUUCAUCAAGGGUGACCUGAGCAACUGGCAGCUGCGGGAGGAGGACCUGCCCUGGGCAGCCCAUGGGGCUGGGAACUGGUCCAUGGCAGACAACACAACCGGUGCCUUUGGGAUGGGAGGCUUCAUGCCGUAUGGUUUCACAGGGACCUUGGCUGGAGCUGCUACCUGUUUCUAUGCUUUUGUUGGGUUUGACUGCAUUGCUACCACGGGGGAAGAAGUGAGGGACCCACAGAGAUCCAUCCCCAUGGGCAUUGUCCUUUCCCUCCUCAUCUGCUUCCUGGCAUACUUUGGAGUGUCCGCCGCCCUCACCCUGAUGAUGCCCUACCACCUCCUGGACACCACCAGCCCCUUCCCAGCAGCUUUUGACUAUGUUGGCUGGGGCAGUGCAAAGCACGCUGUGGCUGUAGGGUCCCUGUGUGCCCUCAUCACCAGCCUCCUGGGCUCCAUGUUCCCAAUGCCAAGGAUCCUAUAUGCCAUGGCUCGAGAUGGGCUCCUCUUCAGUCCUCUGGCCAAAGUCAGCCACCGUCAGUGCCCGGUGGUGGCCACGCUGGUGUCCGGAGCAGUGGCAGCUCUCCUGGCUCUCCUCUUCGACCUGAAGGCCCUGGUGGACACCAUGUCCCUCGGCACGCUGCUGGCCUACUCGCUGGUGGCUGGCUGCGUGCUUCUGCUCAGGUACCGCCCUGAGCCCUGCACCCAGGAUGCUCCUGUGAGGAAGGUCCUGGUGGCACAGCCCUGGUGGCACGCUGUGCUGCGGCCACCCCCCCGUCCCACCCCGCGCUCCUACACCGUGGUGUCCUGGGCUCUGGUGGCCAUCGCCGUGCUGCUCGGUGCCGUCAGUGGGGUGAGCGGUGCCGCGCUGCCCUGCCUGCGUGCCCAUGGGGCCGGCUGCAGGGUUGCCCUGGUUCUACUGCUGCUGGGGAUCCUGGCAGUCGCUCUGCUCGUCUGGAGGCAGCCCCAGAGCCGGGAGAGAGCGUCCUUCAUGGUUCCCUGCCUGCCCUUCCUGCCGCUGCUCAGCAUCACUGCCAACAGCUGCCUGAUGGCACGGCUCGGUGCGGCCGCCUGGCUGCGGUACCUGCUCUGGAUGGCCCUUGGUUUCCUCAUUUACUUUGGCUAUGGAAUCUGGCACAGUGCUGAGAACCACCAGCCCCAGGAACUGCACGGAGGCAGGGCUGGGGAUGUGGUGCCCGCGUGCCUGGGGAGGGCUGGAGGGGACGGCCUGGUCCCCAGCACCUGGCUCCAUCCACCGUGUGGGCAGGGAGCUGCAGUCCCUGAGCAGCUCCAACCCUCAGGGCAAGCCCCUGCCAGAGGAGCUUUGUUUGGAGAGGAUAAAGCAGUGAAGCUUUUUUGUUGGUUUUGUUAUUUUUCUGCCACCUCACCGAUCCCCAAAAGCACUGACACUGGGUUCUCAAGGCUGCUGCUUCUCGUCGACUUGUCAUUGUUACAGCCAGUAGCACGUUGGCCCAGUGCACAACUCAUACGCACACACAAACACACGCACAGACACCUGCACCCCGGCUACACAGCCUCAGGGAGGGGACAGACCAGUGACAGCCUCUGGAGCGAUGACUGUUCCACCACACUCGUGUGUGCCCAGGGGAAAGUGUUGCGUGCAUCCAGCCCAUAUCCAUGUCCCUCCAUGUGCGGUGGCCCCACGGCCCUGCUGGUGUCCCCUGGCUUGGAGCAGGGGGAUGCAGCACUGAUGCUGGAUGCUCUCGGAGCCAAGCGCUAG